AUGUGCUACAUUGAUCUGAAAGUCAUGAAUAUUAGUGUAAAAGAGAAACAAACUCAGGACAAUGAUAAAGGACAAGAUCCUUCUCAGGGUCUGGAUGUGGUGAAGGUGGAGGUGGGGGUGGAGGUGGAGGUGUGGGUGUGGGAGUGGGUGUGGGUGGGGGACCUGGAGCUGGGCCAGGUCACUGUUCCAGACCAAGAGCAGCAGGUUUUAAAGGCCCGAGAGGCCCAGCAGCAGCAGCAGCAGAGUCAGAGUCUUCAUCUUGAGUCCACACUGAUGAACUCCUGA